GACUCAUAAGAUUCACUGAUUCGGGACUCGGACUACAGUAGAGCCGAGCGUCUUGUCGGUUUCGCGCAUAGACUGUUGUACAGUAGCGGUGAUGCUGCGCCGAUAAUAAUACUGUAGUCAACAUACAAAAAAAAUUAAACGUAUUCUAAAUAAGAGCCGCUCUUCAGUUUCCAACCUUUAAUCUUUACUGCGGCGCUAUAUCUUAACAAAAGCCAGGUUCCUACUACAGGAAGUGACAUCAUCUUUGUAGGCUAACAACAGCGGAAGUAUCAACAGAGGAGGGCAUCAUGCUGGACGAGGUGGUUGUGAACGAGCAGCCGUCCACAGACACAGAGGAGACAGUGCCAUGUUUCCAGACUCCAGGCCCCAUUGUCACCUUCCAUAAUCUCCGCUACCGCAUCAAGGAACGAUUAGGAAUGUUUAGCAGGCAGUGGGUUGAAAAGGACAUCCUCAAAGAUGUCAGUGGUAUCAUGAACCCUGGAAUGAAUGCGAUUAUGGGUCCUACUGGAAGUGGGAAGACAUCGCUUCUGGAUGUCAUUGCAGGAAGGAAAGAUCCUAAGGGCUUAAAAUCAGGUCAAGUUCUAGUUGACAACACCGUUGUGACCUCUGACCUCAGACUCUGCUCUGCCUAUGUAGUUCAGAAUGAUAUUCUGAUGGGUACUCUGACCGUAAGAGAGAACUUGGCGUUCUCUGCCAAUCUUCGCUUGUCACGCAAAGAGUAUUCCUCAGCUGACAAACAGAUGAGGGUCGACUCCGUCAUCCAGGAGCUCAGCCUGAAAGAUUGCGCAGACACUAAGAUUGGGACGAUGUUUUUGCGUGGUGUUUCUGGUGGAGAGAAGAAGAGGUGCAGCAUCGGCAUGGAGCUCAUCACGUCCCCCUCCCUCCUGUUCCUGGAUGAGCCCACCACAGGCCUGGACGCCAACACUGCCAACUCCAUCAUGGAACUGCUACAGAAGAUCUCCAAAAAGGGUAAGACUGUCAUCUUCUCCAUUCACCAGCCACGCUACUCCAUCUUCAGCCAGUUUGACCACCUGACACUCAUGAAUAAAGGAGAAAUCAUCUACGCAGGGGCCGCCAACAAAGCCAUUACCUACUUUGAGGACUUGGGUUACAAGUGUGAGCCAUUCAACAACCCGGCAGACUUCUUCCUGGAUGUCACGAAUGGAACCGUCCUUCCUCAGAUGCGCAACAAUAAAUCAGAGAAGUGUAGCAGCAGCGAGGAGAUGGAGGAAAAUGAAAACCCUCUGGCAGUCAUUUACAGACAGUCCCCUCAUUUCGUCAAAGUAAAAGACCGACUCACUCAGAUUUCAGAUGGGCUUGACCCUGAGGUCACUAAAGGUGACACGGUUGGGUAUGCCACACCUUUCUAUUACCAGAUCAUGUUGGUGAGUGGCCGCACUGUAAGAAACAUCUUGAGGAAUCCCCAGACGUCUUAUGCCCAACUGUUCCUCAACAUUUUCUUUGGUAUUUUAGUGGGACUGAUCUACUACCAGAUCCCACACACUUUACCAGAGGCUCUUCAGAACAGAACGGGAGCUUUCUUUUUUCUGGUCAUUAACAUGGUGUUUGGUAAUCUGUCUGCGGUGGAGCUCUUCAUCAGCGAGAGAGUGCUCUUCAUCCAUGAGAACUCGAGUGGUUUCUACCGGACCUCUGUCUACUUCCUGUCCAAAGUGUUUGCUGACCUCAUUCCAAACCGCAUCCUCCCCGUCUUCAUCUUUUCUGCCAUCCCGUACUUCAUGAUGGGUCUGAAGCCUGAUGUGGAGGCGUUCUUCCUGUACUGUGUGACCAUGAGUAUGGUCAGUCUGUCAGCGGUGAGCUUGGCCUUCCUGAUCAGUGCCAGCGUGGGCUCCUUCGCCAUGGCUAACAUCCUCAUCGCACUGCCUUAUGUCGUAAUGAUGGUGUUUGGGGGUUUCCUAGUGAACCUGAAUUCGAUGAUGAGCGGGAUGUCCUGGCUGAAGUGGGCCAGUAUAUUCCGAUAUGGCUACAAUGCACUUGCCAUCAUCGAGCUAAAAGAUCAAGUCUUUACCAGUAACUACACUAGCAUGACAGGUGACAUAUAUCUGGAUCAUCAAGAGAUCGACUACAGCACUUGGGGCUUUUGGCAGAACCAGGUAGCUCUGACAGGCAUUAUGUGUGUGUGUCUGAUUCUUACUUAUGUGCAGCUGCGUCGGAUCAAUCGCUGGAAGUGAAGGAAUGACACUGGUUGUGUUGCUUAUUUUUUUUAUUUUGAACCCUUUGCAUCAUGAAAGCACAUGUUUACAGAGAAAUGUGUCGGCCUUACUCAGAAACCACAACUCACUACCUCAGUUACUUCAAAUCUGCUACCUCUGAAACUACUUGUGGCAUAAAGUAUGGAAUUGUUCAAUUUCGUAAGUGUUUCAUUUUAUAUAAAAGUUGCAAAAUAAGAAAUUGCAUUAAAAAUAAGACCAAUUGUAUUUAGUGGGGUUUGUCAAAGAACAAUACACUUACACAAAAAUUGUAAGUUUAAGAAUUGCAAAACAUUCAAAGUGUAGGGAGAUUGAUGUGAUUGCAUCAUUCCUCAAGAGUUGUUGCUCCUGCAGAGUUAACGUGAAUUGCGAUGAAAAUGGUACUCGCAACAGACCUUCUCAUGUAUUGAUAAAACCUUUUUUGGCUUAGUAUGUCGAUUGAGAUAUGGAGGUUGCAUUCCAGUAGAAAGCAGAGAUCAGCCUUUCGUUUUGCCAAGUGUGGCAAAUUCAAGCAACCAAUUUAAAGCUUCAUAGGUGGCUUUUUCACCCUCACACAAAACUCCUGAUAUUAAGAAUUGCUAUUGAAAUUACUGAAUUCAGAAACCUCAGAACAACAGUAAAUGGUACAGGUUAAGCAAACUAAAUGAUUGGAAGAAGUCCAAUUUUGUGCUCAAGUUUUAUAUACUUUACAAGUAAUAAAAUCAAAUGGUAUUUCAACUUCCAGAGCUGAUCAAAUGACAAAAAGGGGUUUGAAAAAAACUUCUGAAACCACAAAGAAUUGGGUUGGAGUUGGUUUUAUUUUCUUUUUUUAAAAACAAAAGGCUCAGUCUGAGCAGUGUGAAGCACAAGGAUAAAAUCUGACAUUUAGGUAGCAGUGACAGAUCAAUCAGUGAGUGGGAUCAAAUGAAGAAUGUCAACAUCACUUUCCCUUCAGAUCAUUAAUAGACACAAUGACAGUUAAAGAUAAUUGACUUCCAUUAGGACCGAAAAAUAUCACCCAUUAAAAACAAAGAUUUAAAAUCACUGGCCUUGCAGGUGCAUUUGCAGUUAAAGAGGGAGGCAGGGAUAUUAGAGCAUCCAAAGCAUUUCAUCUUCAUUCUCAGGGGUCUCAGACCCCUCUUCUGAUAAAGGCACGAUCCAUUUCCAUAUAAACUCAUGCUCUGUGCAUAUUUGAAGAAACCAACAUUGUACAACUAAAAGAAUAUUACUUCUAAAAACAAAAGUCCCCAAAAUCGCAAAAAAAAAAAAAAAAGUUUCAGUGCAAGUAUUUCCAAUAGCUACACCUGCCAUUCAUAGCUUCCUCCAAACCCCUG